AUUAAAUGGCGACAACGCUGGAGACGUCGUGAAAGAAGCCCUGAACAGCGGCGCAAGUGCAGACAUGCGUACCGCGUCGAGCGUUCUCUGGUCGUUCGUGGUAGCGGCGGCUCUCGUUCCUUCGGUGACGGCCACCUGGGAGCGUCAGCUGGAGCCUAAACUCUUUAUCGAGGAGUACCCGCACCAACUGGUUCGCGUGUUCCCCGCCCAUAACUUGACUGCCACGCCGGGAGAGUAUUUGCGGCUACUACUACUCGACGGGGACUUUGUGCUCGUCGGGGGCAGGGACUACCUCUACAACCUGAGUGUUCACACGCUCGAUCAGGCGGGAAACAUCAGCUGGACAGCGUCUGGUUCCACCAACCCCGUGUGCACAGACCGGGCAGAGCCGAAUGACCAGAACUGCGCAAACUUCAUCCGCGUGGCACGGCAUCUGUCGUCACAGAGCCUUCUCGUUUGCGGCACGAACGCAUACUCUCCUCGAUGCCGCGAGUACAAGUACGACCCGGCACAACGCAACUACACCUGGAAGACGGACGUCGACGGGCAAUCGAUCUGCCCGCAGGACCGCAACAGUAGCGCUGCCGUGCUGUUUGUGAACAACAGGCAGAUCGCUGCACUAUCUGCGCGAGCUGGCAUACCCAGGGUACCAGCCGUGUUGGAGGCGAAACCCCUACGGACCAGGCCCGAAGACCCGACGCAGCUAGCCGCCGAUGCGGAGUUCGUGGGCGCCUUUGCGUUCGACGACCACGCCUACUUCUUCCUCACCGAGUCUGCGCCAGAGAAGGACCACUGCGGUCCUAGAACUGCGGCCACGGUGGCCCGGGUGUGUGUCAACGACCCCGGUGGCGCACCCCCGCACGACUGGAUGUGGACAACGCUGCGGAAGGUCCGCCUUCAAUGUUCGCUCAACGGCACGAAACCAUUCGUCUUCACCGACAUCGCGGCAGUCAGCCCAAUCAUGACCCGCUGGAACAAGGCAUUCGUGUUCUAUGCUCUUUUCCGAAUUAAGGGCAGCCCCUUCCAGGGGUCGGCAGUGUGCGCGUUCAGCGUGGACGACCUGAUCGCCACCAUCAGCGACGGUAAGCCCGGCCGCGAGAAGUGUCCAGCUCAGCCAACCAUCGUGGGCAACGAGACGCAGUUCCUCCAAGACAACAGCCCGCUGUCUCGCAGAGAGGUGCACAACUACCUCAACGAACCCAUGUUGGCGCACGUCGGUUUCGAUUACCACUACACCAGCCUCUGGAUAGACCCACAGGUGCGCACCGUGAGCGGCAAACGCUACGAUGUGUUCUUCAUCGGAACAAGCCACGGACACGUAAUCAAGGCCGUCAACGUAGGUCAUAACUCCAUUUCAACCGUUGUCAUUGAGGACAUCAUUGUCUUUCCAGGAGAGGAUCCGGUCCUGGACCUGAAGAUCGUGAGACGACCCGGCGUGGUCACACUUCUGGUGACAACGUACCACGAGCUUGUGUCUGUGCCACUGGACAACUGUAACUGGACGGUGCGCACGUGCACACAGUGCAUUGGGCUCCAAGACCCAUACUGUGCCUGGAACAAAGACACGACCAAGUGCGAGAGUCUCGUGGACCAGGCUGUGCCCAAAAACGCCGUACAGGAAGUGGCUAGUGGCCACAGCCUCGAGUGCCCGGACGAGUUUUCUAAACACAUGAAAAACAUGAAGUUCCCACAUGGCAGUGAUCCAUGGGCUAUUGACAACACUGCUUCCAGUGGUCGAGCGACGCCUCAUCUCUACAGCGCCCACACGCUGGGCUUUGCGAUCACAUUCUGCAUAAUGGGUUCCGUCGUGAUCGGCUUUGGUAUUGGGUACUGGUACAGGCACAACCAGCGUAAGGACAUGGCUUACUUCAACUACCGCUGAACCACCAUUCAGAAAAAGACAAAACGACAGUUGCAUGCAUGUGACUAUAUUUUUUAUUUCUUCGUCUUGGAACAAGUCACAUUAAUGCAUUCACAAUAAAAACGCCCGGAAACUCGGGGCCAAACAAUCCUCCCCACGUAUGGUUACAACUCAAAACAUUGUUUUGCUACACCCAAAACGCGAAAAGA